CACCAACGAAGAAGUCGGAUUGCUAACAGCAACAAACUGGAGGUUGAGGUGUAGGGAAAAAAUGGAUAAAAAGAAGAAACCUUUAGACGUGACUGCUUCAUCGCUAGUGGACCUUAAAGCUGAGCUGUACAGGAAACAGGAGCAGUUCAAACGGGAGAAACUUGGACAAGAAACUUCUGGAGCAGGAUUCAAAGCAAAAUCAAAAGAUAAGAAGCCCAACAUCUGGAGUAAACAAAAUGCGGGUGUUUCAGCAAGAGCUGCUAAAGAUGCAGAGCAGCUGGAAGAGGAGCGAAGCACCAUCGAUACAGCAAGGCGUAAGUUGGAGGAGAAGGCGAGACUCUACGAACAGAUGACUAAAGGAGACUUUCCUGAUGAAGAGACGGAAGGGCUGUUCCUUGUUGACUUCACCCAGAAGAUUAUUGACAAAAAGAGAGAAACACUUGCCCAGAAGGAGAAAGAGGACGAGGAACAACUCAGCUCAUCACCCGUCCCUCCUCCUGAGAACCCGGACGAAGAAUGGGUGGACUUUGUGGAUGCUUUGGGACGAUCUCGGCGGUGCAUGAAGAAAGACCUGCCAGACUUUAAGAAAAUGGACCAAGACCUUCAAGGGAAAGGAAAAGCUUCAUCAGACAAGACAUUACUCUCAGAAGACAUGCGACGAGAGCUGCAGAGGCAGGAGUGGGAGAGGGAGGAAGAGGAGGCAAUGAAAAGGCCUGUUGGACCGAUUCACUAUGAGGAUAUCAGACAACAAGAGGCUCGGGACCUUGGUGUGGGGUACUACGCAUUCUCUCAGGAUCAGGAGCAGCGGCAAAAACAGAGAGAAACUCUGGACAUGCUUAGAGAUCAGACUACAGAUCAGCGCACAAAGAGAGAACGACUGAAGGAGAGGAAGCAGGCCAUCCUACAGGCUCGACUAGCCAAGGUAAGGCAGAGGAAGAUGAAGAAGGCCAAGCUGGAUGGUACAGAGGAAGAGGAGAAAGAAGAGGAGAAUGAAGGAGAGGAAGAGGAAUUUGAAACAACAGGGACCUCCCCUCAACCAGAGGAGUGCCCAGAGGUCAGCAUACUCAAGAAGGUGGAAGUGGAGAUCCAGGAGAGGAGAGACACCAAACCAGGAGUUCCUCAUGUCAGAGAGUGGGACAGAGGCAAAGAGUUCAUGUUUACUGAGUGGAAAAGUCGGCGUCGGGAGGAGCGGGAUUCUGAAUUUGCACCUCCGUCUGCAUACUUUGCAGAUGACAAGAGGCUGAAACCAGGAAAGUAUAAAAAUGAGGAGAAUAAAUCCAACAUGUCCUUCAAGUGGGCAAGAGCUCCAGGAGGAAUCUCUGAGAGCAAAGCAGAACCACAACCUCAGUCUAAAACUGCAUCUUCACCUCCUGAACCUCAACCAAACCCUCCCCCGUCUGCACAGCCACCGCCCUCAGACAGCUCGUCGCUGUCGGCUCCCCCCUUUCAUCCCCAGUAUCCCCCUCACCCGCUAUUUUAUCCUCCAUUUCCUCCUCCACCUACUCCUCAGUUUGCAAGCCCACCUCACCUCCUUCCUCCAUUUCCACCACCGUUCCCACAUCAAUAUCCACCCCAGUAUCCACCUCAGGUGCAGAGCCAGGCGCAACCUGCAGGUGACAGCCAAACCCAGCAACUCCACCAGGGCCCUCCUCAAAGUCUGGAUGACAUGUUGUCCUUCUACAGGAACUCUACCUGAGGUCUAAAUACUGCUUAAUGUGUAGUUGGGUCAUAUUUUGAGUUUAAACACUGCUCUUUUUUUUUCUCGCUCUUUGUUUAUAGAGUAAAUCACAGAAACAAUAAAACACAAUAUGUCAGCUUUUUGGAGUUUAGAUAUUUAAUAAAUAUCAAGAGUGCAUCAUUUGCGUUUGUGUGUAUUUUGGUCACCAAGGGGAAAAAUUAUUAAUUUCAGCUCAAGCACUGCACAUGAAUAUCAAAACUUUAAUCCAGCUACGAAGGAUGACUGAGGGGAUGUCAUGCAAUGCCUUGUUACUUCAGGGUCAGAGGUCGGGCAGAGACCAGUGACCUGAAGCCAGCUGAGAUCUUCUGCCUUGACCUGAAAUACUGAAGUUACACCGUUUUCUGGAGAGGAAUGAUCAAAAAUGAAUUGUCAUCAUCGAUUGACUGCUCAGCUUCUUUAAGACAUUUCAAAGAAUAAAUUUCUCUUCUGGCUCUUGGAGGAGGCGGAUUCAUCUUUCACCCUCUCCUUCUCUUAUCUUCCCUGCUGCUGCUUCUAUGUACUUGUCUUGUCUUGUCUGACUCUAACCCUGAGAGAGCCUCUCAUUCUCGCUCUUGUUCUCUAAAACUAAAGAAGAACUAUGGAUUUGAUCAACUGGUCCUUAAUGCAAUUGACACUCUAUUCUUGAUGAAAAGCCUGAGUUCGGGAGAGCCCGAGUGUCCCGGAGGGACGUUCCCCGCUGGAUACACGAUGGAUGGGUGGUAGAAGUGGCGCGUCGUGUGCCUGGCGGGACUGUCUAUCGAGGACAUUGAAGACAUCUACUUAUUCGGAACCAUGAUAACAGGGUUCUUGCUGUUUGGAGCUGGCUUGGCCCAGGCUUAUCGGAAAUUGAAGAAAGCGGUGACUGCUGUUCAAAACCCCACAAGGCUAGCCGCUCUGAUCGAAACUGUGGGAAGAGUGGUGAGUGCUCUGACUGUUCUUACUGAACGAAAUAUGGGAAAGAUCUUCGAGGAGCUCACGACUCUUAAAAGAGAGAUACACCUGGAGACUUGUGAUGGACAUUAGAACGAGUGUAAAAUGAAUGCAGUUCGUUCGACCUAAACCAGUUACCGCCAUCUCUAAUGCGGCUAUACCUCCACCUCCGACGGCGCCAGCUGCUUGAAAGUUGACGCCGAGGAGAACAACAACAUUCUUCCAGGAGAGAUGAUAAUGAGAACGAACUGACUCUCUUUUUCCUCAAGGCCACCUGCGUAGGACUGUUGAUCUUUGCCUAACAGGCGAAAGGACACACUCUCAGGCUGAACUCAGGACACACACCCCGACACGCACGCACACAUGUACACUGAUACUGAUAUGCACUCACCACACUCCCUUCCCCGGAUCCAACGCCUCCUCCCAUGCUUACCUCCCCCGAUGGAGACAGCGGCUCAGCUGGAGGCGCGAGGAAUUGCAGCGAUCGCUGUGUACAUCGGCGUACCCCCGCCCUUAUGUUGCUUGUCUGUGUUUCAUGGCGUAAAGUGUGAUGAUAUCUGUGCUUCUUUAUGUGCUAUGGAGUUUUCUGUUUUCUCCUCAUGAUGACUCCCUUGUUGGAAGUCAUCAUGGGCAGAAACCCCCUUUUUUUUUUUCUCCUGAGCUUUGCCCCUAUAUGUUACAUAUCUCACUGUCUAUCCCUUUUUUUGCUCCCUAGCCUGACCUGUCUCCCCAAUGUAAGUUUGUAUAUUGUAUGUAUUGUCUGUAUGGUCGACUAGGUCUGUCAUUUCAGCUGCAGGCAACUGCAACUGACAAAUAAAGCUUAU